AUGGUGCAGACGCUGCAGCUGCGCGAGGCGCUCCAGGAGGCCGUGGUCAUGUGCUCGGAGCGGUGCCUCUAUCAGUCGGCAAAGUGGGCCGCAGAGCUCCUCAAUGCCAUCCGCGAGACCCCUGCCGAUGACGUCGAUGCCAAAGACGCCGCCCAAGACCGCUUCAUCUCGGUCGCCUUCGCCCGCAACCCGGAUCCUGACGAGGCCGCCCUCGAGGCCGCCGAGCUGAACCGCUACCUGCUCGCCAAGUCACUGUUCGACUGCAAGGAAUUUGACCGCUGCGCCGCCGUCUUCCUGCCAGACUCGCUGCUCGCCGGGCUCGUCCCCACCACCCCGCGCCCUGAGGAGGCCCCCACGACUGCUGCUGGAAAAGCCGCCGCCGCCCCCGCCGGCGACCGGCCCGGAGCGGCAAUAGGCCAUUCUGGAACAAGCCCGGCGUCCGAGUCCCAGGGAGAGGCGCGCAGCAGACUGCCCCGGCUCAGCCAAAAGAGCCUGUUCCUGGCCUUGUACGCCAAGAUGAUCUCGGGUGAAAAGCGCAAGGACGAAGACGCGGAGAUGGUUAUGGGCCCUCAUGACCUAGGCUCCAUCGUAAACAAGCAACUGGUUCCCGUCAGCGGCUACCUGGAACAGUGGUUCGCUGAAAGGACCGGCGAGGACGGUGAGGUUGUUGGCAGCCAGGGGUGGCUGGAGUAUCUGUUUGGCAUGGUCCUUGCCAAGUCCAAAAGCGAGGCCGAGGCGAUGCAGUGGUUCAUCCGCAGUGUCCAUCUCUUCCCUAUGAAUUGGGGUUGCUGGCUGGAGAUGACAUCGCUGAUAACAAGAGUCGCAGAUCUCAACCAGAUCUCACCGCAGCUACCCCAGAACAUUGUGUCUUAUAUGUUUCACCUCCACACCUCCCUCGAGCUUUAUCAGCAGGGCCCUAACCUCGCCCACUCCCUGGACGAGUUGCUAAAGCUUUUCCCAACCUCUUCAUUUCUGCUUACCUGCAAGGCGCUUUUGGAGUACCACAACAAGGAUCUGAUCCUGGCCGAGCAACACUUUAGCACGCUCCUCGCACUUCAUCCGCACCGACUCGACUCCUUGGACCACUACUCCAAUAUUCUCUACGUCCUGAACUACCGCCCCAAGUUGGCAUUCUUGGCCCAUCUCUGCUCAUCGGUUGACAAGUUUCGCCCCGAGUCGUGCGUUGUGGUCGGCAACUACUACUCGCUCCUCUCGAUGCACGAGAAGGCGGUGCAGUACUUCCGGCGCGCGCUUACGCUGGAUCGUUCAUGCUUGUCGGCCUGGACGCUGAUGGGACACGAAUACGUCGAGCUCAAAAACACACACGCCGCUAUCGAGUCGUAUCGUCGCGCUGUCGACGUCAAUCGCCGUGAUUAUCGAGCGUGGUACGGCCUCGGCCAGACAUACGAGGUGCUCGAGAUGCACACAUAUGCGCUCUGGUACUACAAAAAGGCUGCCGGGCUUAGACCCUGGGAUGGGAAGAUGUGGAUGGCGGUUGGGUCAUGUCUGCAAAAGAUGGGCCGCGAGCGCGAUGGAAUCAAGGCACUCAAGCGUGCAUUGCUCGCCGAUUCCUCGUAUGAUUCUGGCUCGGGCUCCGGACUCAAUGCCAGUGCCGCGGGAGGCGGGAGCAGCUUCGGUGUGGCGGGUGGUCUUGACCGUGCCGGCGCUGUCCAUAUGGACCCCGAGGUGCUGCUGCAGAUUGCGAGCAUGUAUGACAGCCUGGGAGACUAUGAGGAAGCUCGCAUGUACAUGGAGUUGUGCGUUGCGCAGGAGGACGGUGGUGGCGGUGACGGCGACGGCCUUGGCGAGUCAAUCGCCAUUCACAACGACGCCACUGCGGCCGGAGGGUCAGACGACGGCGACGGCGCGCGGGCAGAAGGCAGGCGGCACACGGCCACGGGCGGAGGUGGCGGGACGGGCGUGACUGCAGCGACCAGCAAAGCUCGCAUGUGGCUGGCGCGGCAUGCGCUCGAGCAGGAGGACUACGCAGAGGCGCACCGCCUCGCGACGGAGCUGUGCCAAGAUGGCGUCGAGGUUGAAGAGGCCAAGGCACUGAUUCGCACGGCUCGGGCACAGAUGGACCUCAUCAAUACCCAGGCAGACGGGCCCUCGUCGCUUGCACGAACGCCACAGUCACAGCACCAGCAGCGGGGCUAG